AUGGUCUCGAGUGUUUGUUUUGCUAGGAAACACCCAGCUCCCUGGUCUGGUGAUGUCAUCCCCCUCCGGUACAGCUUGUUGGUGAUCCAGGCAUCCAGCUGCUACCAUUCCCGGGGGAGACUGCUAGGCUGUGGAAGGGAGGUGAGAAGGUGCUGGCAGCGAAGUUGGAAAUCUCCCUCCUGCUCCGUCCCAGCAUCUGAAAGAGUUAAGGCCAAGAAGGGGACUAAAUUAAUGGUUUUACAGCCCUUGCCCAAGUCUCCAGCAAAAUUAGUUGACCCCCCCUCUUUGCUGGGGUCCAAAGUCAGUGUCCCUCCCCAGGUAUCAUUUCUUUUCUCUUUUAAAAGAAAAUAUUUAUUUGGCUCCACUGGGUCUCAGUUGCAGCACUUGGGAUCUUCUUUGCUGCAGCAUGUGGGAUCUAGUUCCCUGACUAGGGAUCAAACCCAGGCCCCCUGA